GUUCAAUAUCAGAUUGGCCAAUAGUCGAUCCCUAUGCAAAUGGUCUCCAAUUAAAGCCCAUCUAUUCUUGGCGAUGCCGAGGUUUGUUUUGAUGGUUUCGAGGCUGUGUCGCGCUUUCGCCAGGCAACCACAAUUCGACCUCAUAUGUAAAUAAACGCGAGGAAGCCCCUGACCAGCGCGCUGGGCUGCCAAAACAGAAUAUAUUUCUAUAUUUUAACUCCUUCACCCCUCCGUCUUACACACCUUCCAACGCCUGAGCAAGCCAGCAAUGCCCGAAUUGCCUUAUAGAGACUCCGACUCGACCACCAGUGCAGACUCCUCCACCCUCCACGAGAUGAAUUCCCUCCCUCGCUCUUUCACUGGCUACGCCGCCGUCCCCCAAAACGACCUCACCGACGAGGAAAAGCUACAACAGCAACAACAAGGCCAUGGCCAUCGCUACCUAGCCGGCUUCACCUCCAACCCUCUCCCCUCUGAAGCAAGCUUCCAAUCACACACACACUGCGAGGCAUGCGAUGCGUUCCUGGAGCGCCAGCACAAGCGGCGCUUCGCGAUCCUGUUAGCGUGGAUCGCUGCAAUCAUGUUUGUGGCGUCUUUGAUCUUUGGGCUAGUCCUGGGGAUUGUUAUUGUCAAUGCGAAGAAGGAUAGUCCUUAUUACCAUUAAGGACUAGGUUUUGCAUCUUCGGGUGCUUUGUGGUUGAUUGGUUUCACAGGAGUUAUUGGGUGUGAGUUUUGGGCUGUUUCAAUUUUGGCUCAUGCAGAAGUCACGGUGCGCAGGGCUGAGCCCCGUUCCGCUCAAGUGUGUAUACAGAAUGGACUUUGGAUAUUAUAUUCAUGCGACGAGCAAUACUACAAUUGGCGCUUGCGAUUGCUUUGCUGACCAAGUAGACCCCUCCCACACUGGGGUCCGUCUACUUACCUUGAGCCGGGCGAAUACCACUGCGCCCGCUGGUAGCAAAACAUCCCAACAUGCAGCGUCAGUAUCUGAG